AAGCCUUACAUAUUUCUGUUAUAUUUGGGUCUGUUCUUCUCUGGUACUCACUGCCGUGAAUCGUCGGCAGUCUUUUUUAUUUGUUCAUUUAUUUGCAAUUCCAUCGCUGUACUCUCGCCAGCUCCUCCGGUGGAUGCAUAUGAGGUUCAGUUGCGGAUCGAAAUUCUUGAAACGAACAUUUAUGGUACAGUUCUUUCGAUUCCUCUCUAAUCUUGAGAAGUGAAUAGAGGUUUCUAGGUUCGGCUUCGUGCGGUGAUUCUUGAUUGAUCGUCUUAGCUUUGAGAUCUACUAUACGUUUGGAGAUUGUGGAUAUGUCGGGACCGCUUGAUCGUUUCGCCAGGCCUUGCUUUGAAGGGUUUUCAAGUCAUGAUGAAAGAAGAGAAAGGAAAUCUGAUUUUGAAAAUUCAGAGGAUGAAAGGAGGACAAGAAUUGGGUCUCUGAAGAAGAAGGCUAUUUAUGCAUCUACCAAGUUUAGGCAUUCUCUCAAGAAAAAGAGCAGCAGAAGGAAAAGUGAAAGCCGGGUUAUUUCUGUUUCAAUCGAGGAUGUUCGGGAUGUUGAGGAGCUACAGGCUGUUGAUGCAUUUCGGCAAGUGUUGAUUUUGGAUGAACUGCUACCUGCCAAGCAUGAUGAUUAUCAUAUGAUGUUAAGAUUUCUGAAAGCAAGAAAGUUUGAUAUUGAGAAAGCAAAGCAUAUGUGGGCCGAAAUGCUUCAAUGGAGGAAAGAUUUUGGUGUUGACACUAUUUCUGAGGAUUUUGAGUUCAGUGAGAUAAAUGAAGUUCUACAGUACUAUCCUCAUGGUUACCAUGGUGUGGAUAAGGAGGGAAGACCUGUUUACAUUGAAAGACUGGGAAAGGUUGAUCCGUACAAACUCAUGAAAGUCACGACAAUUGAUAGGUAUGUCAGAUACCAUGUAAAGGAGUUUGAGAAGAGCUUUGUAGUGAAGUUUCCAGCUUGCUCAAUUGCUGCAAAAAGACAUAUUGAUUCAAGUACAGCGAUUCUCGAUGUUCAAGGCGUGGGUUUGAAAAACUUCAGCAAGACUGCACGAGAGCUCAUUGUACAGCUGCAGAAGAUUGAUGGUGACAAUUACCCUGAGACACUCUGCCGAAUGCUUAUCAUCAAUGCUGGUCCUGGCUUUAGGCUUUUGUGGAACACUGUGAAAACUUUUCUUGAUCCCAGGACAUCUUCUAAGAUUCAUGUGAUUGGGAACAAAUACCAGGCCAAAUUGCUUGAAAUAAUUGAUUCCGGUGAGUUGCCAGAUUUUCUGGGUGGUACAUGUACCUGUGUGGAUCAAGGGGGUUGCAUGAGGUCUGAUAAGGGGCCAUGGAAGGACCCAAACAUAUUGAAGAUGGUUCUUAAUGGGGAAGCACAAUGUGCUAGACAAGUUGUUACAGUUUCGAACAGUGAGGGGAAGAUAAUUGCUUAUGGUAAGCCGAAAUACCCGAUAAAAGGUGGUGACACAUCAACUGCUGAGUCAGGCUCUGAAGCUGAUGAUAUUACUUCCCCUAAAGGAAUGAGGAGUUAUUCACAUUUUCGUUUGACUCCUGUUCGCGAAGAAGCCAAAGUAGCUGGGAAGGCAAGCUUUGCUGGUAGUUCAGAGUAUGAUGAAUAUGUUCCAAUGGUUGACAAAGCUGUUGAUGCAGGAUGGAAGAAACAAGUGUCCCUUCAGGGGGACUCUUCUUCCAAAGGGGCUCUUCCUUUGCCUAACACUAAGAAAACUCCAGAAGGAAUCCAUGCACGUAUAUUUGCCAUGCUUAUGGCCUUUUUCAUGACCCUCUUUGCUUUCUUCCAUUCUGUAACUUGUCGUGUGACCAAGAAGCUUCCGGAUGCAUCUCAUCAUGACAACAAUGUUCCUGCUCUUGCACAUGAUUCGAUGCCCAAGGAGGAGUUCCGCCCCCCUUCACCGACUCCUGGAUUUACUGAGGCAGAACUUCUCUCGUCUGUACUGAAAAAGCUUGGUCAACUGGAGGAUAAGGUGGGCACACUUCAAGCAAAGCCAUCUGAGAUGCCAUAUGAGAAAGAGGAGUUGUUGAAUGCUGCUGUUUGUCGUGUGGAUGCGCUGGAAGCAGAGCUGAUUGCUACAAAGAAGGCUCUACAUGAAGCUCUGAUGAGGCAAGAGGAUUUGCUUGCAUACAUAGACAGACAGGAAGAAGAAAAGCUCCGGAAAAAGAAAUUUUGCUGGUGAUGAUGACAUUGAUGAUGGGCAAGGCUCAUAAUGUGAAUCCUGGCAACCACUCUACACAAUGAGUUUUCCAUCAUCGGGCAAAGUUUACUGGUGAUGGGGGGAGACUUUGUCGGAGUAUUCUGGUGCUGGCGGCUUCUCUGUUCUGCCAUUUAAUUCAUAUCUUUGAGAUGCACAUGGUUCUUCAGGGAGGGUUGACCGACUGAAAAUGAUUUGGGUUUUUCUAUGGAUCACAGAAAUUGCUGAAUAAAGUGAUUUUGUUCAGCUUCUCAUAUAUUUGUUUAUUUUAUUUAUUUUCUAAUUGUUUUUAAA